UGCCCCCACCACAGCGCGUGAUUUAGAACGCGUGCGCAGUAGGCUCAUCUGGCGGCUAUGUUGUGAAAAUGGUGGAGAAGAAAACUUCGGUUCGCUCCCAGGACCCUGGACAGCGGCGGGUGCUGGACCGGGCGGCCCGGCAACGCCGCAUCAACAGGCAGCUCGAGGCCUUGGAGAAUGACAACUUCCAGGAUGACCCCCACGCAGGGCUCCCCCAGCUCGGCAAGCGGCUGCCUCAGUUUGAUGAUGAUGCAGACACUGGAAAGAAAAAGAAGAAAACUCGAGGUGAUCAUUUUAAACUUCGCUUCCGAAAAAACUUUCAGGCCUUGCUGGAGGAGCAGAACCUGAGUGUGGCUGAGGGCCCCAACUACCUGACGGCCUGUGCAGGACCCCCAUCCCGGCCCCAGCGCCCCUUCUGUGCUGUCUGUGGCUUCCCCUCCCCCUACACCUGUGUCAGCUGUGGCGCCCGGUACUGUACUGUGCGCUGCCUGGGCACCCACCAGGAGACCAGGUGCCUGAAGUGGACUGUAUGACCCUAGGCGUCCCCGGAGAGGAAGGCCUUCCGUGUAUCACCUGGCCUCGGCGAGGGCAUCACCGGAAGGAAAGGCGCUCCCCCUGGACCAAGAGAGGAGCCCAGCCAAGCUCGUGUCCUGUCCUCCAGGGAAGACCAGUCUUACUCCCAGGGACUGUGGCGGGGCAGUGGGCCGAGCCCUCAGAGUGCUGUUGUAAUAAAAGGUCUCAUGCGAGGAGGAGCCUGCCUGUGCGGUCCUGUGGGGUUUGAGGGAUGAGGCUGAUGGGUCUCCUGUCUCUUGAACUCACUGCUCUGUGUCUUUUCCUACUCCCGCUGUCUGCCCCUCAUGGUCCCUGACCGUGAAAGAUUUUGUCCCAUUCUCCUGCCAUCCCCAGGUCUUUGCAUUUCUUGGCUGCUUCUUUUUUUAUAUUUAUAUAAAUUUAUUUAUUUAUUUA